CACGUAUGCUGAUUUUUACAAUUAUAGGAAAAUGAAUUUCAAGCAGACAUUCAUGAUAAUAGGUGUUUUGACAUUAAUUCAAAAACCUAAUGGAGUUACUUCAUUGACUGAACUCGAUGCGCAAUCAUGUAUUGAAACGGAAGAAGAAAUUAUUGCGCUACGAGAUAUCGGCGCUGUAAUUACCUCGUUAAAAGCGGUUGCCGGAUUCAAACUAAGAGGGGAUAAAGGUGGCACUGAAUCAGUCAAAUAUUUGAAUAUGGCCGUUUCAGCACAGGGUCUCAUCAAUGACUUGAUUCGCAUUUACCCGAAGGAGUGUGCUUUUACAAAACUAUUCACCGCAAUCUUGAAAAACUUAAAUGGCUUAAAAAUUGAUGAUAUGGUCAAAAAUAUAAACACAUUACAGGCGGCUGUUUCGAAAGUAACAGAAUUUAAAGACAAGUCCAGAGAGAGUGAUAUUAUGAAGUCGAUAAAAAGUCGCAAAACUUAUAUUAGCUAUGAUGAAAUGGUAGGCAUAUUGAAGGAUUUGGCAAAGGAGUAUCCUUCCCAGAUGUCCAUGUAUUCUAUUGGCGAAUCAGGAGAGGGUAAACAAAUCUGGGUAAUGGCUGUUAGCGCCAAUAAACCAGAUGAGCAUGUGUUGUUGAGGCCAGAGAUGAAGUAUGUUGGAGGAAUACAUGGUAAUGAGCCGAUUGGUGGACAGCUCUUGAUCCGUUUUCUGGCACAUCUAGGGCAGAACUUCGGCAAGGAUGACACAAUUACAAAACUUAUGAAUACGUCACGAUUGCAUAUACUUCCAAUGUUAAACCCGGACGGUUAUACCAAGGGCUAUACGGAAAACACAGAUACAAGCGAUACUGACAACAUUAUAAACGCAUGUCUCGGCAACGGAGAAGGAAGAAACACUACUGAGCCAAACGAAGUGGAUCUGAAUAGAAAUUUUGGACCCGAGUAUUUUGAAAAGAAGUACAGACCAAAGCCUGCAAAAGAAACACAAGCAGUGAAGAAAUGGCUCGAGGAUUAUCCGUUUCUUAUGUCUCUAUCCUUCCACGGAGGAGCCAUGGUGGCAAGCUACCCUUAUGACAACAAACGCACGCGUAAAUCGGAAUCUAAUGACGUCUUUAAGUACAGCAAAUCCCCGGAUGAUGAUAUCUUUCGACAGAUGGCGCUAACCUACUCUUACAGCCACGGACGAAUGUACGCUGGGGAAGUACUCUCUAAAGCAUUCUGUUACAUGGGUAAUUUCAUCGAUGGAAUAACGAAUGGUGCAAAGUGGUUCUAUGUGAAAGGAGGAAUGCAAGAUUACAACUACGUUAAUUAUGGAAUUCUUGCAAUCACAAUUGAGAUGGAAUGUUGUAAAUUCCCACCAUAUAUCACGAUGGAAGACUUUUGGCACGAAAAUCUUCCAUCUUUUCUCAACUCAUGGAAGUUCGUACACAGAGGAAUUAAGGGUAUUAUAUCAGACUCUCAGGGAAACCCAGUGCCAAAUGCUAAAGUAUACAUAGAUAAGAGAAAGCAUCCAGUCACAAGCACAUCAAAGGGUGAAUACUGGAGAGUUCUCCUGCCAGGGACAUAUACCAUUAGGGUUGAGGCAGAGGGUUACAGAAAAUUCAAGAAGGAAAUAAUCGUACAUGACCCCGAUCUGUUUGGAGCCUCCAUGGUUAAUAUAAUCCUUUAAAUGGACGUCAAUACCACUUUAAUAAGCA